AGUUCAGUCAAGCCGGCCGGGGGCGGCACAGCACUUGCCUUGCCUUUUUAUAAUAUCCACCAAAAUUCCAGCCGCAAAUCAGAAGCAAUAAUUAUAACUUCCUCGAACUCGACGUCCGUUGUUACUGGAGAAAUGGUGGACACCGGUUUCACCACCGCGUCGAAUAUCCUCCACCAUAUAUCCGCCUUCAUCUCUGAAAUACUUGCUCAAUCCGACCUCCGAAAGCGCCUUCUCUCCAUCGUAUACGGUAACUUUUCACUUUCCGAUGAGAUUGCCCUAAAACCCUUUGGGCUUGCAGCUGAAGCUCUCGAAAACGCCAUCUCCGCCAACAACUCUUCGAUCAAAUCCUCCUCUCUCCGUUGUGCAGAAGAGCUACUCCUCUCCCAUCCUGAAAACCCUAUCUCUUCUUUUCUAUUAUCCCUAAUUUACGGCCUCAAUCACCAAAAUCUAAACUCUGCUCUUAGUCUCCUUGAUUUGUUCCUCUCGGACCCUUCAUUGGCUCGCUCCGAAAUUGCUCCGAUUCUCUUCGAGGAGCUCUUUGUCCGCCAUUUUCUUCCGAUUUUUCACUGGUUCAAUGAACAGAGAUCCAAAAUCCUGACAUCCUUCGCCUCGACUUUGAAUUACAACAGUGGCGAAAAUUCAAGCUGCGACGAAAGGGAGGCUGUUCCGUGCACGAAAUCGCUGUCAAAGUUGAGCAUUGAUCAAACAUUGAAGCUGAAGGAACUGGAAAGCAAUUACGAGAGGGUUCUGGACAAGAAUUGCAUAGAUUUUGCCCACCAUUUCAAAAGGAUCUUGGAAGGAAAUGACGAAAGUGGAUGGAUUGCAAGUCCGAAGCUUAAAUUGUUGAAUAAUAAGAAAGAGAAAUGGAAGGAAAUGGAGCAGAUUACAGAGGAGAAGUUCAGAACAGAGCAGCUCUGUUUACCCAAUGGACGGUAUAAUCCAAUUUGGGUUGAAGAAGACCCAAUUGUAUCUCUUGAAGUCGACAGUACCACCAAAUCAAAGUCAUUGCCACCGCCGCCGCCAUGUCUUCCUUCCCAAAUUCCCGGACCUCUCAAUUUCAUCGGAGAGCAAAAAUCUUCCAGUAGAUCCAGAACGUUUUCUAUCUUCAAUCCGGCUGCUCAAGCCGAAGACGAUUCUUCUGAAAUCGAGGAAAAUGACCACAAAACAGCAUUGUUUGACUCUGUACUCGAGACCCAGAAGCUAAAACAAACCAUAACUUCCAUAGAAGAAUCAGAAACCAAAUCAGUGGAGUUGGAUUUUGCUAUGGGGGAUUCCGGCAAUGCCUCGCCGGAGAGUGGUGAAAGGUGUAAUACACCUCCUAAGGACUUCGUAUGUCCCAUAACUUGCAACAUCUUUUAUGACCCAGUGACUCUCGAGACGGGUCAAACUUAUGAGCGCAGUGCAAUUCAGGAAUGGCUUGAUAGAGGCAACUCAACUUGCCCAAUCACUGGACAAAAGCUGCAAAAUACCCAACUUCCCAAAACCAAUUAUGUGCUCAAACGCCUCAUUGCGAGCUGGCUUGAAGAGAAUCCCAAUUUUUCUUUGGACAAAGCUCUUGAUGAAGCUGACCCAAUGGCUGUCUUGACCUCCCCUGUUAGUGUCAUAAGCCAAGCCUCCAUUGAUAGAGGUAUGAAGGAGAUGAGGCUUGCAAUUGUCAAUCUCUAUGCUUCUGAAGUUUUGGAGGAGGCGGAAGCUGCUGUGCUUUGUGUGGAGAGGUUCUGGUUGGAAGAGAAUGUGGAAAUGGAUAUACAACUUAUGUUGAUGAAACCUCCUGUAAUCAAUGGACUUGUUGAGAUCCUCGUCAAUUCUGUUAAUCAACAGGUUUUGAGUGCAGCAAUCUUUCUCUUAUCAGAGCUGGGAUUCAAAGAUGCUACUGUGAUUCAAACGCUUUCUCGGGUCGAAUCGGAUGUGGAUUGUAUCGUGACUCUUUUCAAAGGAGGUUUCAUGGAAGCUGUUGUGUUGAUAUAUCAGCUGGGACUUUCCAGCCAGAGUUUACAAGAGAUGGACAUGGUGGGUUCUCUUUUGAAUGCUAUCAAGAAGAAAGAAGGAGAUGUGAAUAAGAUGCGUUUAAGCUAUAAAUCUGCUGCAGUGAUUUUACUUAGAAAGAUUUUGGGAAGGAGUAGAGAAGGAUCUCUGAUUGCUGUUGUUGUGCUUGCUGAAAAUGCAAUCGAAAGUAUUAUAGGUAGUUUGAAAGCAAAACAGGUAGUGGAGCGGAUUGCUGCAGUUGGGAUCUUGCUGAGAUGCAUUCAAGAGGAUGGGAGGUGCAGAAAUAUCAUAGCUGAUAAAGCUGACUUAGCUCCGGUUUUGGAAAGUUUCAUAGAAGUGAGUAACGACGAACAAUUCGAGAUCAUUAUGUUUCUCUCUGAGUUAGUUAAGUUAAACAGGAGGACUUUCAAUGAACAAAUUCUUCAAAACAUUAAGGAUGGAGGUGAAUAUAGUGCUAUGCACUCUCUUUUAAUAUACUUACAAACUGCCACAAGAGAUCAAUCCCCUGUAGUGGCUGGUCUUCUGCUACAACUUGAUGUAUUGGUGGAGCCACGAAAGAUGAGUAUCUAUCGUGAAGAGGCAAUGGAUGUUCUUAUUUCAUGCCUUGGAGAUUCUGACUUCCCAACCACUCAAAUUUCUGCUGCUGAGACGAUUAUGUCUUUACAAGGAAGGUUUAGCACAUCUGGACGACCUUUGGCUAGGUAUUUUCUUCUCAAACGUGCAGGACUUAAUAAAGGUCACAGGAAAUCCAUACAAAGGGAUGAUAUUAGCAGUGCUCCUGGAGAAGUUGAAAUUACAAGGGAAGAAGAGAAAGCAGCUGAUGAAUGGGAAAGAAGGAUGGCGUUUGUACUUAUAAGCCAUGACUUUGGGUUGCUAUUUGAACCAUUGGCAAAAGGCCUAAAGAGCAAAUAUGCAGCACUAUUUUCGGCAUGCUUUGUCUCUGCCACAUGGCUCUGUCAUAUGCUUAGGACUCUUCCAGACACAGGGAUUUUAGAAACUGCUCGGGUUUGCUUGCUCGAUCACUUCUUAUCGAUUUUCAUAACAACAACAGAUAUGGAAGAGAAAACACUUAGCUUGCUAGCAAUAAAUAGUUUCGUACACGAACCAGAUGGACUACAGUGCCUAAGUUCCAACAUGAAAGAUGUUAUGAGAGGUCUCAGGGAACUUAAGAGAUCAACACCAUUGGCCUUUGAAAUGCUAAAAGUUCUAUCUGAGGGACAAGACUUGAGUUCUGAAUUUUGGUGUCAUCAAGAAUUGUUUCAAGUAGAUUGCAGUACAAAUGGAGAAGUACUAUCAAUUGCUUAUUUCAAAGACAAAAUCAUCUCUGGCCAUUCAGAUGGAAGAAUCAAGGUAUGGUCUGUUAGAGGAACUAAUCUUCAUCUCAUAUAUGAAAUUCAAGAGCACUCCAAGGGAGUCACUAGUCUAGCAGUUUCGGAAUUCGAAGAGAAACUAUACAGUGGCUCUUUAGACAAGACCAUUAAGGUAUGGUCUCUAGACCGUGAUAUAAUCCAGUGCAUAAAAGUUCACGAUGUGAAGGAUCAAAUUCAUAACUUAGUCGUUUCGAAGAACGUUGCUUGCUUCAUCCCACAUGGAGCUGGUAUCAGGGUUUAUUCGUGGGGUGGGGAAUCGAAGUUACUAAACUCGAGUAAACAUGUCAAGUGUUUGCAUCUCGUGGGUGGAAAACUUUUCUGUGGAUGCCAUGAUAGUAGCAUCCAGGAGGUUGAUUUGACUACAGGCACCUUAAGUUACAUCCACAGUGGUUCUAGAAAACUGUUGGGGAAAGCCAAUCCAAUCCAAGUGCUUCAAGUCUACGACGAACAAUUAUUUUCAGCCAGUACUGCUAUAGAUGGAGCAGCUGUGAAGAUUUGGAGUACAUCGAACUACGGUGUGAUUGGGUCACUGACAACUGCAAUGGAUGUAAGGGCUAUGGCUGUAAGUUCAGAUCUAACUUACUUGGGAGGAAAAGGAGGAAUGGUUGAAAUCUGGAGCAGGGAAAAGCACAACAAAAUAGACACGCUUCAAACUGGUAGAAACUGCAAGAUUGUUUGUAUGACGCUUGACGAAAGGGAGGAAGUUCUGGUCAUUGGAACGUCGGAUGGUUGGAUUCAGGCAUGGGGACUGUGACAGAAAAGAGGAAUGUGGCCUAUAACAAUCCUAAACAGUGUGUUUUGAUACAAAAGUGUAAAAAAGCAAGAAAAAGAUAAAUCAAUAAUCACCUAAUUAUAAUUAUUUCAAACUAAUUCUUUACUCAAGCAUAUGAAAUAUGUGAUAGAUUGUUCUUCAAAAAUGUAUAUAAGGUCAAGUUCAAGAAUAGCUUUUGCUGGUGCAGCCAUGGAUAAGCAGAAUUGCUAUUAGAAUGAAGAGAAAUGAGCAAAAGACAACCAUUCAACAAUUGAAAAGCUUCUCUUGUAAAUUUAAAGUAGAUGUUAAAACUCAAUAUAAUGGUACUAAUUAUA